CGGUUGUGUAUUUAUUUAUUUUAUUUAAACAGGUCAAAGUUGAAUGAUGUAAUUGAUGCCAUUCCAAAAAGUAAAAAGAGCACCCGAUGCCAGUUACACUCCUUGGACACAAAUAAGCUCAGACCUGCACGGGCAAGUUGGAUGGAUGUGUGGGAGCGGAUGUCUCAGGAGUGCAGGGCUGAAGUGUUACUCGUCGAUUGUGCUUGUCUUUUAGAGACGCUGGAUACACACUUGCAAAAACAUGGGUUGUGCACUGACUGUAAGACUAAAGUCAUGCGGGCAUACGAUAUCCUGAUCGGGGAAGUUGAUAGCAGUGAGGAGAAGGACUAUUGCGCUGCCUUGUAUGAGGGAUUGUGUUGCUGCCCUUGUGAGCACCACAUUCAGGUGUGCUACGAGACGGACUUUAUUGCUCGUCUCUUAAGCCGGGCAGAACCUGAAUUUGUAGGAGCCUCUGAAAGGCGACAUGCCAAGACCAUUGAUACUGCACAGGAAGAAGUCCUGACAUGUUUAGGCAUUCACCUUUCUGAGCGUCUGCAUAAGAUUUGGCAGAAACUACGAGCGGAGGAGCAGACGUGGCAAAUAUUGUUCCACGUGGGCAUUGAUGAGUUGCGGAAAAGCUUUGAGAUGGCAGUGGAGAAGAUACAAGGGAUCAGUAGGCUUGAGCAGUUAGUCGAGGAGCUGUCGGAGAAGGAGAGAGCAAAACAGCUUAAGCAGGAGAAAAAGAGGCAAAAGCGGAAAAAUCGCCGCAGAAACAGGUGUGGCUUGGACAUCUUGGAUCAGGAAGCAGAGAUCAAGGAAAAGGAUCUUGAUGAGGGGUCUCUCGAGUCUGAGGACGGUACUUGUCCUGCCUGCGAUGAGGGGGAGAAAAUUCCUUCUAUUGCAUGCAAAUCCUUUAGUUGUUCAGACAAACAGGGUCAACAUCCACACAAGACAACCACCAAUCACCCGAAACUCACAUUAACAAGUAAAGGAGGGAAACAAGUGUGUAUUCUACAUCCUUUUUCAAUUUCUGCUGGGAGUGAUUGCGGCUACUCCUCAAGCAUUGAGGGCAGUCAGGGCGGGUCACGAGAAGGUUCGGAUGUCGCCUGCUCCGAGGGACUCUGCAACCAUGAGGAAGCAGGUGAGUCCAAUGAACACGACUGUGCUGAAGACAAAAAGGAGGAGGAGGCAACAGACAGUUGUGUUGACUGUUGGCCACACUCUGAGGAUAAUAAGCCUCAAUGCAAGGGUAAAAAGAAGAAAAGGAAGGGAAGUGGUUUACGUCAUAAACAGGGACACACAUAUGAAAGACACACUGUGCCACCAUCCAACGUUAGCCAAACCAAAGAUCUAAAUUCCUCCUUGUGUGGUGAGAAGAUGGCCUGUUUUGCACAACAGCUACCAUGGGCAUGUGGAAAGAACCUCAGCCUUGAUUCCAGACCAUUAGAGGCCAACAAAAGUCUAGCGGACCUCUUGGAUGAUUCUGAAGUAACUUCAGAUGAGGAGCAUUGUCUCACGCAGGAUGAAAUUCAGGCAUUUUUAGAAAGAAAUAGUCUGUUCUACCGCAACCGUCACAAGUAUCGACAGCUCCUGAAAGAUAAAUUUACUAACUAUUGCUGCGCAAGUGACAGGAAGACGGCCUGUUGUCACCACCGGUGUGAAUUAAGUGCACAAAUGAUACCUCAAGGAAAAUCAUUGUGACUACUGCAAAUGCAGGUUGGAUUCAGAUUUACAAACUUUUUGGUUGAUUCUUUGUUGAUUUUUUUAUUUUAUUUUUUUUAAUGGAUGUGAUUGGUGUCUGAUCUGAUCUCAAGUUUGCGCUUACAUGAUCUGACUCUGAUUUCCGACCUCAUACCCUUAGAUUCUCAUUGACCAAGCCAUGUGACUUGGUGGUGCUUGUACAAGGGUUUUGGAUAAGAGCACAGCGGAAACUGAAAUCGAUCAUUGUGAGCCGUGACAUGCACAGUGUGACAGGAGGGCUUUGGCUUGAUGUUUUCUUAGGUGACACUUAAGCAUGGUGAUAAAUUUUGCACUGUCCAAAAAUAAAUUAAAAAAAUAACAAAAAGAUUACGGUAUAUAGUGAAUUAAACAUUUGUUUAAAAUAAGAAAUGGGUUGUGACAAAACGCAGAGUGAAAAUUUAAUAAAGUAUUUAUUAAUCCACAUUCAUUUUGUCUUGUCAAUGUAUUUUUUAACAUUUGCACUGUUGAAUUGUAUGGUCUUUAACGAUUUAACUUACAAAUGUGAUUCAAUCAAUUGGGGGAAAUGAGUGGUGCUGUUGAAAAUUGUUUCUGUUGAAUAAAACUCAAAUGGUA